UUUUCUCUCUUUUCUUUUUCUGUUAUCGCUAUUCACGACACGUAAACGGCCUUCCACCUCCCUCAUUCUCCGAACCCCUUCCACUGCAAUUCCUUGCAACCCCCACCCCUGUCUCUCCUACAGCCCCCCUUCUAAACCCUUCCCUUCCAACCGCCUACUUAUCAAAGACCCUCCAUCCCCUCACACCUAUCAUCAAACAUCAUCAUGAAGUUCGCUCAGUUGUCCGUCCUCCUCAUGGCCAUGGUCAUUGCCUUCAUCGCUCUUGCCGAGGCCAAACCCACCCAGACUGUCAAGUUCGGGAAGAACUUGAAGGGCAAGUCCACCUGGUUCAACGGCCACGACUUGAAGGCCGUAAGUACACAUCCUUAACGUGUCAACGCACGUAUUGUCUGGAUUUCUGCGUUCUCUCAUUCAUAUUUCCUAUGUCGGGCGUCAGUGGGAGGACUGAGUGGAUUACACGUACUUACGAUACUUUCUCCCCCUAAUGAAAACGAAACAGGUCGCUUGCUACGGUGACUUGCUGGGCAACAGCCAUGUCAACGCCGGCGACAGCUGGCACAUCGCCGCUGUCCACAUGGCCCACUACAAGGGUGGCGAGAAGACUGCCUGCUUCGAGUGCGCCAAGAUCACCUCUGGCCGCCGCUCUGUCAUCGUCCGCAUCAUCGACGACUGCGCCGGAUGCGCUCCCAACCAGAUCGAUCUCACUGCCUCGGCCUUCAAGAUCCUCGCUCCCCUUUCUCAGGGUGUUGUCAAGACCACUUAUCAGUUCGUCCGCUGCCCCAGCCGCGGUAACCUCAAGUGGCCCAAGUCCCCCAAGAUCCGCACCCACUAAAGACCCUGCUUAGUUUUCUCUUACAACUUCAUCCUGCCAUUCUUUUUUAACAGAACAACGAAAUAGUAGCCGUUCCUUUUUAGCAUAGAGUUCCUUUGAUAGGACAGCCUAAAAGAAACGAAAAGGAGGUAGAGACACCUAGCACAUAUUUUAGAUAAAGAAAACAGAGAAUAGAGCUUGGUCUUUAUUUUUUCGCCCUCAAUACCUACUUGAUGAUCGUUCGGAUCUUCUCAUUUCCUUUUAGCAUUAUUGUCUUCAUGUUACCAAAGCUGUUAUUGCUGCUUCCUUCUUUAAGA